UACUAGAUGUGUCUGAUCGCUUUUAUGGAAGUUUUCAAAAGUUACGCUCGUUACUUGUCUCAACAGUGAUAGCAAAUGGCGUCCAUCUUAGGGCCAUCGGAGGAAAAAACUAACGGUACCAAGUUAGCGCGACUGCUAAUUGAUGGAGGUACACAAGCGCUCAGGAACGUUUUAGAGUCUCUCAUACAUCCGCCUUCAACACUGCAAAUUAUGUUAAACAACAACAAGGCGAUCCUCGCUAACUUAAAGAGCAGACGUAAAUUAUAUGAUAGCCAGUGGGAAAAGCUAUUUCCUCCAUCGGGUGCCCUACCAGACUCAAACACAUUUGAUAUUACUCUUCUACAUUUACUGCUUCGUGAAAUCUGUCCCGCUUUGAUUGAACCUGCCACAGGAUGGCACGAAAUGCCGGCAAAAACAGAUCACAGUCGUGAAGCGGAAAUCGUCCGGAUAAAAUGCUUGCGAAACAGCCUGUGUCAUAGCAUUUCCACCGGUGUUCCUAAUGGUGAGUUUGAAGACAAAUGGAACACAAUUUCUCAUUCUUUAGUAACCUUAGGGCUCGAUCAGCUGGAAAUAAGCCGCCAAAAAACCGAAGACAUCGAUCAUGGUACACAACGACGAGUGGAAGAAGAAGUGGAGAAAUGGAAACUUGAAAUCGAACCGAGAGUGCAGAUCUUAGAGCACGAGGUACAGCAGCUCAAAGAUGGGCGAAUUUCAAGUAAUAAACAGCCCAUUUCAGAGGUGGGUGAGUCUUUUGAGCUUCUCAAUUGUCUUCCAGAUGAGGUUCAAGAUGUGUUUGGCCGCUCGGAUGAAAUUCAACGAGCUGUAAAAUUUGUUCAAAGCGGAACAGUCUCCAUUGUUUCCUUAACCGGUGGACCAGGCUUCGGGAAGACCACUGUGGCCAACAAAGUGGCCCACGAGCUUGCCAGACGCGAAAACAGCCGAAGUGUGUUAUAUUGCUCACUAACAUUCCAAUCAUCACUAAACGAUAUAUUUACCAAAAUGAUUCUUACCUGCAGCAAAGGCCUUUCUCAGCCGCCAGAGCAUCCAAAACACUGGCUUCUGAACUGGAGCAAACAGCAAUCUAGGAAAGUCACAUUAAUUCUAGACAAUGCAGAUCGUGCCCUCGAGUCUGAAGAUCGAAACCAAUUUGUUGACAUGUUACGUGAAAUGAGGACCUUGUCAAGCCAAAGUCUAACUUUUAUUACUACAUCUAGAAAAAUAGUGGAUGCCCCCAGUCGUGAUUCAAACAUCAAAACCAUAAGAUUGAAUUCUCUCCCUUUGCAUGAGGCAACCAAGGUUCUUGUUUCAAAGGUUGGCGAUAAGGAAACGAGAGAGGAGCUCUCCCAAACGGAAAAAAUGAUCUCACUAUGUGGUUCUGUCCCUUUAGCCCUUUGCAUAGUUGGAUCUUUGCUUUCGGACUACAAAGAGGAAAAAUUAAUCGAAAUUUUCGAAAAGAAACCUCUAGAUGUUCUUCAGGACAACAAUUUGUCGGUUGAAAAGGCCAUUAAGGCAUCAUUCGAUCUCUUAAGUGAAGCAGAGCGACAGGCACUGGCAAUCAUGUCUGUAUUUCCAGGUUCAUUCGAUUCAGAUGCAGCUGAGGCUGUAAUUACAGCUGUAAUGGGUUCUGAAGUUCAGCCAGUUUUGAUUCUCCAAUCGCUCAGAAACAGGUCUCUCUUGGAGCAGCCAAGUUCACGUAGAUAUGAAAUUCAUCAGCUUAUCAGAAUGUUUCUAUCGAAAGAUAGUCACGUCAAGUAUUCACAGGCUGUUGCUCAAGGUGAACAAGAAGCCUGUGCCCACUUCAUUUGUCGACUUGCUUUCAAUGCCAAUAUGUACUGGAGCAAAGAUAAAUGUAAAGAAUCUGUUUUGGAAUUCAGCAAAGACAGACACAACUUCGAGUAUUUCUUGGAAAUUUACAUUCGUAAUGUAGAUCCUCUUCAGUGUUCCACAAGUAUAUUUUUUGAAGACUUUCCACAAAAGAGUAUGUAUUUAGAAAUGUGCCUUUUACCUAACUUCUACAUAAAAAUUUUGGAAAAACUCUGGAAGUACUUCCACUCAGUAAGUCACCAUGUUCACAUCGUUGAAGUUUUGUGCCUUCUCGGACAUGAAAAGAGAAAGGUGGGCAAACUAGCACAGUACAACUAUUUGAUGAAUCUUGCCAAGGGAGUUUACUUUACCAAUUACAAAGCUUUCAAAAGAAACGGUUUGUCGCAAGUAUAUUUUUUUAAUAGCUAUGCAUAUUUUCUUUCGGUACUAAGGCUGCCCAGUCGAUCGGAAAUGGUCUCCAAAGUCUAUGAAAUAGCUUUAAUUUUGUGCCGUAAAAACCUCAAAGAACAUCCAGAGACUGCAGCUACUUUGCAGUACAUUGGUCGGCAUAGCAAAAGUAGGAAACAUCUUCAGGAUGCAAUGGACAUGUCUACCCUGUGCCUCGGAGAACAUUCCAUGACAGCUCAGUGUCACAAAGCCAUCGCAGACUUCUACUUUGGACCUUCUUUCUACAGGAGGGAUAACACAGACAUGGAGAAAUGCUUUGAGCAUUAUGGAGCUGCACUGACUUUGAUGAGAAAUCUUGGUGUUGGUGACCACAAGGAAAGCAUUCUGACACUGAAAAACUAUGGAGUUUGCUGCAAAAACAAAGGAAAAUUUCAAGAAGCAAUAAGUGUUCUGACCAAAUCAAAACAAGUCGCUGAUAUUGAAUUGGAGGAGGACCACAGAUGGAAAGUGAUGAUUGAAACACAGCUGGCCCUCGUGUAUGACUGCACUGGAAAUGCAGAAAAAGCGGAAAAAAUCAUGAGGAAAGCUCUGAACAUGAAUCAACGCCUCAAACAGUCAAUCGAUAUGUUAGCAAAUAAAAGAGAGAUCCUGGAAUUCCUGAGGCGUCAUCCUCAGGUUUACCAAGAGCCUCUGAUGAGGUGGAAUUCCCGUAGUUAGGGUUAAAAAGUGUGUCAGCACAAUUAUCCUGUAGUUGUUCGUGAGGUCAAACCAAGGUUGUGCCUCUUUAGGCAAAGACCAUAACCUGAUACAAAUGAACUGUUCAAGUCUUUCAUUCGGUUUCUACUUCGCGUGAGUGAGAACUGUCUUCCUUUCGUUUAGUAUAGCUAAUUACCUGCUGCCGGUAAUUGCAGGUGUAAGUUUUAGAGAUCAGUCAAUAACACGGAU